AUGUCAAGGUUCUUCGCCGGGGCGGGCUACAUGCUGCCGUUCUUCGACGACUUCGACUUCUACUUCCGCUUGGACAGCGACAGCCUGUGUGCUCGACCAAUUCCGGAUCACUUCUCCGCGCUCGAGGCGCUGGCGGCAGCCAAGAGCCGGGCGCCAUACCCACGGUGCGAACAGGAAGAAGGCCGAGCGAGAAACAGCGUUGACCGCACCCCGGAGGGAGCAGCGAUACACCACGUGCCAUGUCGAGAUCGCCACUUCCAAGCGGUGCCAGCCUUCUACACCAACUUCGAGGUCGCAAGAAUACAGAUGCUCAGGAGCUCUUGGUAUCAGGACUGGUUUAAUGCUGUCGAUAAGACCGGUUCCAUAUUCUACAACAGGUGGGGAGAUGCCCCCAUCCGCUUCCUUGGGCUGGCCAUGCACCUUCCCGCCGACAAGAUUCUGGAAGUUCAAGGAUGUCGCCAUGAUUGA